UGUUUUCUUUUCUUUUGCUCCCAUCUCUUCUUACCUCUUUGAAUAGAAACACUCCUUUUUCUCACUUCUUAUCCCCAUUUUUUUUCUCUCCCUUUCCUCUCUUCUCUAUUUCGUUUCCUUCCACCUUUUGUUUUCCUUUACCUAGAAUUUCUCUAGUGAAAGAUCUAUGAAGGGGCACUAUUGAUUCAGGUGAAGGGAUCAAAAGGGGAGUGAUUAAAGCGGGCUCUUUGUUUUUGGGCUUAGCUUGAAAUCUUUGGUUAUGCUGGAUUUUAAACAUCAAGAGAUCCGUAGGCAAAGCUGCAGUGAGAGAGUGAAGGGUUCCUUCAGAUGUUAUCCAUUGAAAACCCUUCAUGUUCCUCUAAGGAUUCAGAUCUAGCAAGCGGCCAUGGAGAUCAUCAGGCCCAACCUCCUAAUUUCUCCAUAAGAGAUUAUGUUUUCAAAUCUAGAAGCAAAGAUAUCAAAGUAAAUUGGCCGUUUCGUGAACAACUACUGCAACUUUGCUUGGAUAAUGGCAUCACUGGUCUAUUACCACCUCUUCAACCUCCCAGUUUAGUAAGAGCUCAUUGCUUAAGAAAACAAUUGGAUUCUGAUUUUGCCAAAAACAAGACAAUCUUUGAGAAUCAAGAUUCUGAGGAGAAUGUUGAACUUGAGUCUCUAUUGCAUCUAAAUUCACUUACAGAGGAAAGAAGAAAACUUAAUGCCUCUUCAAUGAUUAGCCAUGAGCACAGUGAAGGAAUAUCAGGUGAUCAACUGAAGAAGAGGUGUAAAUUGGCAAUAAAAUCGGACUUAUUAUCGAAUCCAGUCUCAGUUUCUGAUCCCAUGGCUUCAAAGGUUUGCCCUGUUUGCAAGUCAUUUACAUCCAGUUCAAAUACCACUUUGAAUGCGCAUAUCGAUCAAUGCCUUUCUUCUGAUCAGUCUGAUGCAAUAAAGGAUGUGAGUGAGUUACAAAAAUAUAGAGCACAACCAAGGAAGAAAAGGUCAAUGGUGGAUAUUUAUAGAACUGCUCGUCACUGUACUCUUGAAGAUCUUGAUAGAAGAAAUGGUACUAACUGGGCUGUUACUCUGGCUCCAAUGGCACCUGCAGACGAUGCUAAUUUUGCUCCAUCAUCACCUGCAAAUGAUCAUAAUUUAGAAAUGAAAAGAACAAUGUCUGAACCUUCAGUUUCCGUGAAAGAGGGAAAUGUUGGAGAUAUUUAUGUCGAUUCAAAUGGUACGAAGCUUUUGAUUUUGUCUAACUUCAAUGACUCUCCUUCAUCGGUUUCAAGAAAGAACUUCAAGCUCAAGAAGAAGAUCUCCAAGAAGAAGAUCUUGAAACAGAAGGGUUCAGAGUUUACGAAUGAUAAUCCACAGAAAAGGAAGUUGCGGAGAUUCAAAGAGUUCAACAGCGAGAAUGAGGCAGCAAUUGAAGAAGAUCUCAUCACUGAAGCUUAUCAGGAGAAAGAAGAAUCAAUAUCACAUCUGUUAAGUACUCAUGAUCAAGUCAAGCAUAGUGAGCCUUCAACAUUAGGACAUUGGGUAUGCUCAAAAAGAUCAGACCUACCAAGGAAAGUCAAUAACAAGGACAUUAGUGAAGAAUCAAAGUCAAGAAAGUUAUCAAUGAGUUAUACUCUAUCAGAAUCAGCUCCUUCUAUCCAAAGAAAUAAGGUUUCAAACUAUUCGAUAUCAUCUGAAGCUGCGGUCUCCCCUAAGCCUAAGGACAUCAAUAUUCUUUUCAACACUGAUAAAAACAUGGGUAGUGGAAAAAAGAAAUCUCCUCAACCAUCAAACUUGCAUUCUAAAUUGCUGUCGGAAAGUUGUCAUCCUUCCUUGAAGGUGAGAAAAAACCCGACUUUUAAAAAGAGUGGUUUUACAAGAACAUGCAUCUCGCUUGAAGAAAUUGAGAAGGUUGAGAAACUCAUUCCCCCCAAAAAAUUUAAGAAGCAAAGAUCAAUAUUAGGGUGUAAUAAACGGAGAGGAGAAAAGAACUCUAUUGUCAAUGGAGGAAUUGAUGAUUCUACCGAAGAUUUUGGCUUGGUUUCUUCCAGAGCUAAUGAAGCAAGUGAGACCCAUCAAUCCAAUUUCUCUGACAAUCAAGAAAAAGGAAGUUCUGAAGUUACGGAGCUCAUUUGCAGAGAUGAAACUCUUGAAGAAUUAUCAGCUGAAACAACAUAUAGCCAAAAAGCACAAUUUGGAGAUGCAGUCACCAAUGAGGGCAUUCAAAUAUCAGAUGAUCAAGCUGAGCAAAUAUCGCAGCAUGAAGAUUUUGAUGCAAAUAGUUCCUUCUUUGAAGAACCUAAUCCUGAUGAUGGAGAUAAAGUUCCUGAGAAUACUCAAGAGAACUCAUCAACAACCUUUGUCAGAGCUGAUUCUAAUCCAGAUCAUAGUAUGAUUCUUGAUAUGGACUCGUCUGCUUCUGUGUCUCCUUCAUCUCCUGUGGAUGUUAACAUCAAAAACUCAGAGGGUGAUCAGUUGGUUAAAGAUGCUUCCAAUCAUAAUGAAUUGAGCCCAUUGACAAUGAGAAAAGAUAAUAAAGCGAUAACAAAGGAACCUUUAUGCUCAUGCAGUGAAAGCCUUUCUCGUGAAUCUCAGUUCUCAUAUCAAACCAGAAAGAAUACCAUCUCCCAUUUGUUCAUAAAACCUCCAGCUCCUUCCCAUCUCCAAGUUUGCCCUAGUUUGGAAUCACAUACCGAAUCAGUCGUAACAACAGACUCUUCACAAUCUUCUCUGAAUGUCUCAACUCCAUGUUCUCGAGUUAACUCUGCAUCAAAUCCAAUUUUGAGGUUGAUGGGCAAAGAUCUUGUGGUGAGCAAAGAAGAGACAAAUUUUCCUAGUACUUCAAGCUACAAUUCACAACCAAAGUUGAUCUCCUUUGGAUUUCCAAGCAAUGUAGGAUUCAUCAGUUACAAAAAUAACUACCAACAUCAGUUUCAAGCUAUGGGUAAUCACCAAAUUCCUCUCCAACAUCUACAGAGAUCUAAUAUGCACAUCCCUCCAUCACAUUACUAUAUGAAUAGAAUGGUUGCAUCCGAAAAUCAUCAGCCAAAGCCAAUUAUUCACUCUAAUCAAGCUCGAGAAGUGAUUGUGAUUGAUGAUGACUCUCAUGGACUCAGGGCUGAGCAAAGGGCUCAAAGUUCAAAUAUCAUGACUUCUCAAAGGAUGUUUGCUUGCUGUCCUUCAUAUAAACCUUAUGUAUCGGGGGCAUUCACUCUUGGCCAAAGGGAAACUUCACAAGACCCUUUUGUGUUCCCCUCACCUUCAUCUCUAUAUAUUUCUCCAAAUCGGCGGUGAAGUUUUCCACACUUUUUUUUGUAUGCAUGCUUUAAAACUGAUAGUUUAUAUUGUACUAGUGGCUCUUCAACUUUUUUGCAAAUAUGAACCUUUUCUUCCAGAAAAAGAUCAAAACGGACAGUAAAAGUAUCUUCAACAAAUAAUACCGUUGGCAUUUUGUAAUUUGUGUUAAAAGUGUUUUGUGAACCUUUCGGAGUAUAUUGUAUGUGUAUACCACUUGGAAAAAAAAAUCCAUGGCUCUUUGACAUGUUCUUUUUUAAAUGAAAGAAAACCUUAAUAUUA